AUGGCUUCAUCGUCCAAACCCUUCCCGGUCGCGAACAGCAUCACGCCCUUCUGGCGGACGGAGCCCGAUACAUUGGACAGCUACCGCUCUACUGCGACUCUUCCCCCGACGACCGAUAUCGUCGUGAUUGGCGCUGGGUAUGCGGGCGCGUCGACGACCUAUCACCUUCUCGACCAGGCUGAGCCUUUCUCUCGGCCGUCGAUUGUGAUUCUAGAAGCACGACAGGUUUGUUCUGGGGCGACGGGGCGGAAUGGCGGCCACCUGAAACCGGACGUAUACAACUUCGUCGGCACGGUCGCCGAGACACACGGCGUUGAAGCCGCCGCUGAGCUCGCAGCUUUCGAGACCGCGCAUAUACCAGCGAUCGAGGCAGUGGUGGCGAAGGAGAAGAUAGCUUGCGACCUGGUGGUCGCGCAAGCGCACGAUGUACAACUGGAUGAGGCGCACACGGAGAAACUUCGCAAGGCGUACGAUACGCUUCUUGCCAGUGGGUCGGAGGCUACAAAGACCGCCGCGUUUACGACGGAUAUGGAGGCUGAAAUGGUCUCCGGAGUUAAAGGCGCCAAGAGCUGCUUCAGUUAUAAGGCUGGUCGCCUGUGGCCGUACAAAUUCAUUGUCGGGCUGUUGAAGAAGUGCAUCGCCAAGGGAGCCAACCUGCAAACGAACACUCCGGUGGUGGAGGUAUCCAAGUCGGAGAAUGGCUGGACAGUUAAGACCGAGCGCGGGUCGAUCCAAGCGAAGCAGGUUGUCUUCGCCUCCAACGCCUACACCUCUGGCAUCGCGCCCGAGUACGCGAAUAAGAUUGUGCCCGUUCGCGGCAUCUGCAGUCGUGUUGUCGUGCCAAACCCUCCACACCCACUCAGCCCGACCCUUGAUUCGUCGUACACGGUUCGCAUCAAGGAGGGUAUUUACGAGUACCUGGUUCCCCGACCGGACGGAAGUAUCAUCAUUGGAGGCGCGCGAUCGGUAUACGUCCAGGACUUGAAGAACUGGUACAACGUCACCGAUGACAGUCGCCUGAUCGAGCCUGCUCGGCACCACUUCGAGGGCUACAUGCAGAAGUAUUUCCAUGGGUGGGAGGACACGGGCGCAUACAUGGACCGGGUGUGGACAGGCAUUAUGGGAUACACAACAGACUCCCUUCCCCACGUCGGGCGGGUUCCUGGUAAGGAGGGACAGUUUGUCGUCGCAGGCUUCAACGGCCACGGUAUGCCUCAGAUCUUCCUGUCGGCCAAGGGUGUCGCGCAGAUGAUUCUCAAGGGGACAGAGUUCGAAGAGACGGGCGUCCCGGCGAUCUUCAAGACAACCAAGGAGCGGUUGGACAGCACGCAGAACACAAUUCUGUCGGCCUCUCACCUGAAAGAGACCGAGACAGAGGCGAAGGGGCCUGUUGUAGAUGCAAAGUAA